CAGCAGCAUGGUGGGUCUCACCCUGUUCUUCCUUGCGGCUGUCUGCGUGCUGUCCUCGGGGGUGUGGCUCUGGGCCAUCUGCACCCACUUCUUCACUGAGUCUGUGCCAGCAGGGAUUGGCCACCCCGUGAAAAUGCGGGUUCUCAGUUGCCUUUUGCAGCUGUUGGUGACCUGGGGCUUGGUUUUCGAGAAGCUGAGGAUCUGUCCUAUGCCCCAAUUUGUCCGUUUUGUGCACGACCUGCAGCUGCUAAAGAAUGACCCCGAUGUCCUGGUCACUGACCUCCGCUUUGGGACAGUGCCUGUGAAGCUGUACCAGCCCAAGGCAUCGUCUUGCUCUCCCAGGCCUGGUGUUGUAUUCUACCAUGGUGGGGGUGCCAUCAUGGGGAGCUUGAAAACCCACCACAGAGUAUGCUUGUAUUUGUCCAAGAAGAGUGAGGCCGUGGUUUUGGCGGUUGGAUACCGCAAGUCACCCAAGUACAAGUUCCCGGUUAUGGUGAGAGAUUGCAUGGCUGCCACUGUUCAGUUCCUCAAGUCCCUGGAUGUGUACGGGGUGGAUCCGGAGCAAGUUGUGGUCUGCGGCGACAGUGUGGGAGGGGGCGUAGCCAUGGUGGUCUGUCAGACCUUCCUGAACAGGCCGGAUCUCCCCCGCAUCCGGGCCCAGGUCCUAAUUUACCCAGCCCUCCAAGCCCUGGACUUUCAGUCCCCUUCCUUCCAGCAGAAUGAGAAGAUUCCUCUGCUCACGUGGAAGUUUGCUUUCCACUGUAUGUGCUAUUACCUGGAUAUCUGCCCCUCCUGGCAAAGUGCCAUCAAGAAAGGGGCCCAUUUACCUGCCCACAUCUGGGCAAAGUAUGACAAGUGGCUGAGUUCAGACAACAUCCCAGAGAGGUUUAAGAAGAGAGGGUAUCGGCCCAUGACCCGGGGACCCCUGAAUGAAGAUGCUUACCGGGAGACGAGCGUCUUCCUGGAUUUGAUGUGCUCACCCCUGAUCGCCGAGGAUGACGUGGUGGCUCGGCUCCCGGAAGCCUGCAUCCUGAGCUGUGAGUAUGACCUCCUACGGGACCACUCCCUGCUCUGCAAGAAGAGGCUCGAAGGCCUGGGAGUGCCCGUGACCUGGCACCACAUGGACGAUGGCUUUCAUGGAGUCCUCAACACCUUUGAUUUUGGCUUCCUGCACUUUCCCUGCUCCCUGAGGAUCUUGGAUUUCGCCGCGCAAUUUAUCAAGGGGCUGUGACUCUCCUUCCUCUCCUGCUGGAGCCCCACCUCCCCCAGGGAGCUCUCUGUGGUUGCUGUGGGUGAUGCUGAUUGGGGCUGAGGAAAGAGGAGGAGGUGAUGUCACCUUCCUGGACAGCAAGUUCUACAACUGCAUGCUGCAUGUCCUUCCGUGUGAAGGAGAACAAGCCGAUGAUAGGUUUGGGGACUUGGGCUGUCCAGACACUGCUGGGGAAAUUGGGAACUAUGAUCUUUGGUGGCUGUUUGCCAGAGUGACUUAGCGAACGGGAGUGCUUUACAGCCUCCCUGGGCUAUCUAGGCUGAGGUAGACUGUGACACAGUGUCUGGACAUGAUGUGCAGUCUCAUGAGGCUUCUCUGGGGUGGCUUACAAGGCGGGGUGCUGAUGUUCCAGGCUGCCAGGUGGUGGUGGUGGCAUACUCAAACUGAGUCUACCUCCUCCUCUGGGUCACAGUGACGCUGUUUCUGCUGUAGUGUGGACUCUGGGCUCAGGGCUCUGUGGGCCUGGACUGGAAGA